AUGAAAUCCAAAGGAUCUCGGAACCAGCCUGCGCCCCCCGCUCCUCCUCCAAUGUCCCCGACUGCCAGAGGCGCAAAAUAUAGGAACAGAGACGGCUCCAAGUUCAUCACCCUGCCCGAUACCAUGUCUGCUCCAGACUCCGCGCAGCCCUCGCCCACGACUUCCGCCGCCUCUGGCGCAAAGUCGCAGGCCACUGGGGGAUCUGGCGCGACGAGCAAUGGACCCGCCACGGCACCACCAAAUGUGAACAGGAAGAAGCAGAAGCGUCGAGAGAAAGCCGCAGCCAAGGCCGCAGCCGAGGCGGCUCUGAACGCAGCGAAUGUCAACGGCGCAUCAGACCCCGCAGGCCGCAGACCGAGCCACGAUCCCGACCAGGAGGACAGCGAGGAGGAUGAAGAUCAGUUUGACAGCCAGCUUCACCAGGCACAAGCUCAAGUGAACGGCCGUACGCCUGGCACUUCAUCCAAAUCCAAGAAGUCCAAAAAGAAGAGGCACAAGGGCGCCGCAGGGGCAGGGGAGCUGGCAGAUCAGCCGGCUUCUCCUACACCGCAGCUGAGCGCCCCUAAUCCCUCCGGGAUCUCUAAGGAACGGAUCUGGAAUACCAGUUCUCAGGAGGAGCGGGAGAGGAUCAAGGAAUUCUGGCUCGGGCUUGGCGAGGAUGAGCGCAAAUCACUUGUCAAAGUCGAGAAGGAGGCGGUACUAAAGAAAAUGAAGGAGCAACAGAAACAUACGUGUAGCUGCUCAGUGUGUGGGAGGAAACGACACGCAAUAGAGGAGGAAUUGGAGGGCUUGUACGACGCCUACUACGAGGAGCUCAAGCAGUUCGCCAACCAUCCCCAACAAGACGGCCAUCCGCCCUUAAUGGGCGCUUCCCGUCAUUUUGGCUUCCAUCACGGCAACAGGUUCCCGAGCUAUGCAGGACAUCAACCUUCACGCGGGCGAAUAGUGGAGCACGUUGGCGACGAAGACGAGGACGAUUUGGACGACGAGCCCUAUAGCGAGGACGAGCUCGACGACGACGAGGCCUACAGCGACGAGGAGGAACCCGAAGAGGAAAUACAUCGCGACUACGCUUCCGAGUUCUUCAAUUUCGGGAGUAGUCUCACUGUUCAGGGUGGCAUACUAACGGUAGCCGACGAUUUACUGAAAAAUGACGGCAAGAAGUUCAUCGAGAUGAUGGAACAACUAGCCGAACGACGUAUGGCACGCGAGGGAGACUUUGCUCAAGACCAGUAUUCUCGGAGCUAUGGCCAUGGUGUCAACGGCGGACUUCCCGGCCAUGAUCAUCCUCCACCUCCGCCAGUCGAUGACGAGGAGUACGAGGAUGACGAAGACGAAGACUACGAUUCUCAGGAGGAUGACGAGUACGAGGAAGAAGACGAUGACACUAUGACUGAAGAGCAACGCAUGGAGGAAGGACGUCGAAUGUUCCAGAUCUUUGCUGCGCGAAUGUUUGAGCAAAGGGUACUCCAAGCAUACCGCGAGAAGGUAGCCAGGGAACGACAAGCCAAACUAAUGGAGGAAGAGGAAGAGGAGCUUCGGAGGGAAGAGGCCCGGAAAGAGAAGAAAGCAAGGGAGGCCCAGAAGAAGAAAGAGAAGGCAGCCCAGAAGAAGCAAGCUCAGGCCGAAGAGAAAGCGCGCAGGGAGGCUGAGAAAGCGGCGGAGGAGGAGAAUCGUCGACAAGAAGAAUCUCGAAAGGCGGAGGAGGCCAGGAGAAAGGCCGACGAGAAGCGCAAGAAGAAGGAGGCUCAGAGGAAAGCCGAAGAAGACGAACGGGCAAGGAAGGAGGCUGAGAGACAACGCCAGAAGCAACUCCAGGUCGAUCAGGAACGGAAAGCAAAAGAGGCCAAGGAACGUGAGAAGAAAGCUCGCGAGGAGGCUCGUCUCAAGGAGAAAGAAGAGCGGGAGAGGCUGGAUCGCGAGGCCAGAGAGCUCAAGGAGAAGCAGGACUCUGAGAGGCGCCAGAGAGAGCUCGAGACCAAAACUUCGGAGACCGGACACAACUCCUGUCACGAUGACGCUUCCGAAAAGGCCAGCCCAGCCUCCUACAAACCCAGCGCUGCCCGUUCUACCUCAGCAACCUCCAGCAGCGGCUUUCGCUUCCCCCAAACCUUCCGUUGCCACACCGGCCUUACCGAAGGCACCGACGCCAAUCCGGCCACGGCAGGCGUCCCAACAAGACGCAAGCUCUUCAGGUCCGGGAACGACGACAUCAUUAUCCGGGUCCAACAGUCACGAUCCGUCUCCCAGUGCCAAUACACCAGCCCAGACGAGCCCGCGGCCGUCUGCACCCCCGAGCGCCAGAGGCAGCACAGCAAGUCAGCAUUCGGCGAAUGCAUCCCGGCCGAUGUCACCAGCGCAGCCGAGUACGGCGAGGUUCCCUUCGGCUCAGCCUGCUCCCAUCAAUAUUCCACCCUUGGACAACCACCGCCUGGGAUGGUUCCGCCGGGACUAAGCAGUCCUAUGCUUGGCCGAGGCUUCCCUGCGCCUGCACCGCCGCCGGGAUUCGGUCAACCGGCUUCAGAUCUAGUAUCGCCUUUCAAUCCCUCGUCGAAAGACGCGAUUCCCGGGACGCAUACGCGACAGCAAUCAGGAGGCUAUGACUCUCCAUCGCUGCAUGCCGCUCAACCCAUCAGUCGACCUACGCCUAUCGGCCGGCCCUCGUCCGUGGUACAGGGGCAACGUCCGCAGUCAGGAUCCCCGCCAAAAGCCUUGCAGCGGGAGUCUGAUGACCCACAGGAUCAUCUGGGAAGUAGCGCAUUGUUAGACGACUCUGAAGACGUCCUUCCGACGCUGCCCGACUUCCAGCCGGGCUUACGUCGAGGGUAUGUCGCUCCGGGUCGACCUGGCCCAGCUUUUCCGCCAGCUCCCUUCGCCGACCCAGCAAUCGCUUCCAUGUGGGGCAACCCCAUGCAGCCGCCUGGGAUGAGCCCAUUCGCUCAGACACCUGUAGCUCCUCCUGGGUUUGGUGGCCCCGUCGGAUGGCCCGCCAGUCCAAGUCUCGGGUUUAGUGCACCUAUAGGCAUCAAUCGUCCUGCGCCAGCUCGUCCUCCGGCAAGCGUUGCAAUACGACAGAUCCUGUGUAAUGUCUGCCGCGAUCUUGCCAUGAAAGAGCCCGCCAAAGAUGGCUUCAUUACCCUCGCUUCUCUGCAGGAGGCAAUGAAGACAUAUGUUGACUUCAACCCCAUGGGUGACGGCCCGCUAACAGAGAACGACAUCGUGGCGCUCUGCGAAACGGAAGGAAACAUGGCGAAUGGCGGUGGUAACUUCGACUUUCAUGAUGAAGCUGGCACGAAGAGCAUCCGAUGGAACCCGGACAAGAUGCCUCAGCCAUUAGGUGCUUUCGGAGCGCCAGGCCAGAUUGGCAGUCCCAUACUGGGGUCUUCCUUUGGCCGAUAG